AUGAACCAGAGAAUGGUAAAUGGCAAACCUCUCUAUGUCGCUCUUGCUCAGAGGAAGGAUGUUAGGAAGAGCCAACUUGAAGCAAGUAUUCAAGCUAGGAAUCAGAUUAGGAUACAACAGCAAGCUGCGGCCGCCGGUAUGCAACCCGCUGGAUUUCUUAGUGCUCAGAUGUACUAUGGACCAGGCCAGCAAGCCGGGUUUAUGCCUCAAAGUGGCCGUGGUCUCCCAUUUCCUCAACCUAGUAUGAUGCCUAUGACUAGUGGCCCUCAGGGUGGUCCUGGUGGUCCUGGUAGUCGUGGUCCGCAAGCCGGAAACUUUGUUCCUAACGCUGGCCGCCCUGGCCCUCAGGGUCCAAUCCCACCAGGUAUCCCGCAGCAGAUGUAUGGCCCUCCAGCAAUGGGCCCUGGUGCAGGACCUGGCGGCCCCGGGUUUUCUCCGUAUCCACCUAAUACUCUCGCCGCCGCCCAGGCGCAAGCUGUUGCAGCUUCUCAAGGCCGUGGACGCGGUAGUGUGCCUCCUGCUGGAAUGGCAGGAAUACAGCAGGGGAUAGCUAAUAUGAACAUGGGCCCUCGUGGUCCUGUUCAACCCGGUCGCGGCGGUCCUCGGGGCAAUCUUCCUCCCCAGACACAGCCCGGUCGUCCUCCCGCCCCUCCCCAGAUUCCACAUGUAUCUACCAGUGGAAUUGAUCCCACCCUAUUUGCUGCCUCGCCUCCUCAGGCCCAGAAGCAAUUGCUUGGCGAAUCUCUCUAUCCCAAGAUCCAGCGCCAGCACCCUGAGCUUGCUGGAAAGAUCACCGGGAUGUUGUUGGAGAUGGACAAUAUGGAGCUUCUCGCACUUCUUGAUGACGAGCAAGCUCUAAUCGCCAAGGUCGACGAAGCUCUUAGUGUCUAUGACGAGUACGUUAAGACUCGAACCGGUGAUGAUAUCGGGGGUCACGAGGGUGCCACAACUAAUGAUAAUGAGAACAAGGGUGAUGAGGGCAAAAAAGAGGGUGAAAUUAAAGGUUAAGCUUUGGGCGUCUUUGGGAUAGAACUUUUUUUUCUUCUCUUUUCAAUUUUCUCUUGGGUGGCCGGGGGUCGUUUGGGGGAUGGUGACAAAAAUAUUCUUUUCCUUGUCUCUUUUUCAA